AUGGCUAAGCUAUCGGCCGAUGAGGCUAAAAUGUGCGCCCUGAUCGCGCCGGACUAUGAAGUAGAUCAGAGUGGGUUGCUAUUUUUCUGUCCGCGAUCGAACACCGAGGUUGACGAUCGUACCGAACUGGCUCGGUUGGUGGUCCCAGAACAGUUACAGCAAGAUUUCUUGCACCACUACCAUACCAGUUUGGAGGGUGGUCACCAAGGAAUCGGCCGUACAUAUCAACGGAUCAGGAUGAAUUUCAACUGGCGUGGAUUGUACCGGAGCGUGCAGCGCUAUGUGGAAGAAUGUGUGGAUUGUAAAACAGGAAAAGGACGACCGGUGGAUCGAGUUGGAUCACCUGGUAAUAUGCAGUCGACGUACCCUUUUCAGAUUAUAGCUAUGGAUCACAUCCCUUCGUUGCCAAGAUCUGUUAAAGGGAACACCGAGCUGUUGCUCUGGGUCGAUUUGUUCUCGGGAUACGUGAUCACAAAGGCAAGCUCGUCCAGAUCAGCCCAGACGAUCGCCGAAAGUUAUGAGGAGUGCGUGUUCAGACGAUUCGGUGCGAGCGAGGCGAUACGUCAUGAUCGUGAGCCGGGAUUUAUGUCUGAUUUCUUCCGAGAGUUCAAUCGAAUCGCGGGACAAAAACAGCGAGCCGCUAUGGCAUAUAGACCACAAGCUAACGGUACGGCCGAACGCAUGGUGCAGACGCUGACUCGAUCGAUUAAGAUGUACGUUAUGGAUGAAAACCAAAAGGACUGGGACGAAUACGCGGAGCGAUUGACAUAUGCGAUCAAUACCGCUCACGAUCGAAUCCGGGGAGAUACGCCUUUCUACUUGAUCCACGGUUGGGAUCCAAGAUCGACUUUGGAAGCGACCCUACCGUUGGGAAGCACCAAACCCCGGGAUAGAGAUGCGCGAAGAUGGAGAUAUGGUAUACAACGUCAGUACCAACGUGCUCAAACAGUAGUGAAUGGACGACUGAAGGAUGCAAUCAGAGGCCGAGCCGAUCGACAUAACGAAGACAGAGAGUUGCGGGAUAUCAAUCGUGGGUCACGAGUGUGGUUAUAUCUGGACCGAGUUAAGGAAGGAUACGCACGAAAUUUGGCCCAUAUGUGGCAUGGACCUUUUCGAGUGGCUGAGAAGUGCGGCGAUCGUGCAGUAAAGUUGGACAUCGCAGGCACGCCGUACAGACUAUUCCCAAUAGUCCACGUAUCUAAGCUGAAGCUAGUUCGCGUAUUCCCGGAACGUCCAACAGGCAGUUUGAUGGUGGAGGAGGCAAGUCGAUUGAAUUUUGAAGAAGCACUGCUGCCGGAAGAUAGCUGGGAGGGUAACCUAGAAGCGGACGAGUAUGAAAUCGACAAGAUCGUUGAUGUGCGCUCAGGACGGAGAACGAGAUAUGGCCGAAUCCAUAAGCAGUACCUAGUACAGUGGAAGGAAUACGACGAUCCAACCUGGAUUGAUGAAGCUGAUUUAAACUGUGGAGCUCUGUUACAGGAUUUCGAUCGCGAUCGGGUUAGCAGGAAUCGUUUCGAGACAAUGCAAUCACACGAAGAAGAAGACCGAGAAUAG